AUACAAAGUUUUGUGUAGUGAACGAGACGUCUGCAAUAUGUCUGACUAUUUGGAAAUAUUUUUAGAUAAUCAUAGCUGUAAUUAAUUGUAAAAGCUAUAAAAACGUUAUUGAUGUCAUGGAUUACACAUGACAAAUACUACAAAUAGAUCGAUAAGAAGACGACUUACAACGAAGAUAUGUAUUGUUGUGGGUCGUGUGGUAGCCUCGCACUCGCAUGUCAAUAAGAGAUAUGCGCGUCACGGACGUAGUGCGGACUGGUGCUUCGUUCUGAGUGCGCAUUUCGUCAAGGAGAGACACUGACCUUCGCGACGACAGCGAAUAUCAAGACGUCAAAAGUGUUUUUACGGAAUUGUAGACGAAAGUGAGGCAGGAUGGAUCAAAUGGUGCAGUGCCCUGUGUGCACGCUCUACCUGCACAAUGGGAUCACACUAGAAUCUCACCUUGAUACCCAUCCCAAAGACCAGGUAAUAAAAGCAUUGUGCAACCUAACCACGAAGGCCAGUAGUAGCUAUGCGAGCAGAACAUCCACACCGAUGCACUGUGACCGCUCGUACAGAAGCAGGUCUCGGACUCCAGCAGUGGACGACAGAUGGUCCCACAGAAGUAGUGAAACGGAUAGAUACUGGCGAAGAACACCGAGCAGAACUUCCAAAUCAAGUCAGGCAUUAAAUGCUUCUCGCAAUGGAACACCAGACAUUAGAAUGAGUGAUAUGAGCUUUGACAACAAUAGUGCUAAUCAAUUUUCUGCUCCAUCUUAUCCUCUGAAAGCAGACAAAACUCAACAGUAUCCGAAUACACCGACUGGCGAAUUGGAACCGCCCUAUGCAUAUUACCAGGACACCAAUGAUGAUAGAGAAAUAAAGUAUUCCCGCAGCCCAGAAUACAAUCCUUUGGAUACCAGUACCCCAGUUUUCGCUCAUAACACUCCAACAACUACCAAUGUCAAAAUACAGGCUACAUUGCUUCCAACAGUUACUCGAAGAAGUAAUGAGAAUAUAGUAAAAAUGUUACCAAAACCAAAUAAUAUACUUGUAAAGACUAAUAUGGGUGGAUUACAGUAUAUCACUCCAGGGUUGAAGCCGAUGCAUUUGAUGGUGCCCACUCCUCCAACAUUUGUCCAAAAAAAUGUACAAAGCAACAUGAUUAUGGCCAGUGGUUUACCUGUAAGCACAAUGGUGGAGUCAAAGACAUUGGCCCCAACAAUACCCACAAACCAUUUCAAUCAAAUGACCAGCAGUACCUUCACACCAGGUACAACAGUAGUACAAAAUUCUCAGAUUAUUUAUAGAGAAAUGGUUCAGAAUAUGGAUGGUAAGCGUUUCGUUUCAUGUGUGCCUUCAGUGCUCGGUCAUGAGAAUGUUCGUAAUGUUGCACCGGGGACAUCUAUGUAUCAGAAUUUAAUGUUAGUGGAUCAACUUGGAAAUGCACCAUGCAUGUACACAGCACCGCAGCCCAUUAUACCAAAGCCCUGUACCACAACUGUCUAUCCUAAUAAUGGUACGGAGGCACCUAGCGGUACCAAUUCAAAUGAACAUAAAGCUGGUCCUUCUUCAGAUGAUCGCAAUAAAACUCUUGUUAAUGAAGUAACUGCCCUUGUUGAUCCAUUGGCCCUUCCUGCUGGAACCAACACGAGUUCGACCACCACCCAAACUGAAGUAGAUAUAUCUAUCCCUAAAAAAACGGAUGUUCAGUCUGUUGAAAAAUGUGACACGCCAGGGUCUAGUAAAGGCUUGAAAAUCCUCAGUAACAUUAAAGUGGAAGUUCCAGUUCAACACAACAAGAAUAUGCUGAACACUGUGAUGGAUCUGACUGGAACCACAGACCCUGAGGAUCCUGAGAGGUCAGAGACACCUGAGAAAAUUCUACCUGAUUUAGAUGAUCACAAUCAUAUGUCUGAUGAUUGCACCCAACCAUCAAUAUCUAGCAGUGACAGUGCAGUCUCACAUGCCUUUUCUGUGAUAAAAAAUGUUGGUAACCCACCAUCUUAUAAAGAAUCUUCCAUCAAAUCAAGUAUAGAUAGUAAAAUCGAUGCAGAAUUUUCUGACAGCUGCCCAGUCCCAGAUUUAAUAUGUAAUGAGAAACCAUCUAUAUCACCUUGCAGCGAAUUAUCAGAGGUUGGAGAUAACUCUGCUGAUCGUGCUUCAGUAUGUAACUCGGAAUCGCCUAAACCUCAAAUAAACCAAUCAAUUAGUUUAGAUAGUAAUACUGAUAAGAAGCCCCAAUCGGCAAUAAAACCAUACAGACACAAUGCACUACGAUUAAAUAAUAUAUUUGUGAAAAAGCACAAAAAAAUAUUACAAAUAAAAAAUGCAAAGCAGUCCAGUAGUCAGUUGGAUCACACAGAAGUAGAGCCACAAGCGUCGUCAUCCUUUUGUAACUCGCCUGAAAAUUUUCCUAGAGGCUCACCGGCUUCAUUUAAGUCGGUCGAAAAAUUCUCUCAAGCAUCACCUGCUUCAUUUAAGUCGGUCGAAAAGUUCUCCCCAGCGUCACCAGCUUCAUGUAAAUCGGUCGAAAAAUUCUCUCGAGCGUCACCGGCUUCAUUCAAGUCGGUCGAAAAGUUCUCUCCAGCGUCACCGGCUUCGUGUAAGUCGGUCGAUAAAUUCUCACGGGCCUCGCCGGCUUCAUUUAAGUCGGUCGAAAAAUUCUCUCAAGCCUCACCGGCUUCGUGUAAGUCGGUCGAAAAAUUAUCUCGAGCGUCACCGGCUUCAUUUAAGUCGGUCGAAAAAUUCUCUCAAGCCUCACCGGCUUCGUGUAAGUCGGUCGAAAAAUUCUCUCCAGCGUCAUCCUUGUGCAAGUCGCCGGAUAAUUUUUCUCGAGCGUCAUCAUCUUCGUGCAAGUCGCCGGAAAUUUUUACCCGCGCUUCGUCAUCAUGUAAAUCACCUGGAAAUUUUUCUCGAGCGUCAUCGUCCUCGUGCCGAACACCCGAAAAUUUUUCAAUAACUAAAAUGAUUUGCUCCGAAAAGUCUGAAUGUUUAGACGAAAAGAGCCCUUUAGAAUCGAUGCCAGAAGAGAAGAUGAUCGAGAAAGACGAAGAAGACCAAGAUCAUAACGAUUUCGACGCCGACACGGAGGAGCAAUCGAUGGACAUCGAGCCCGUCGCGUCCUCCAGCCUGAACACUUCGGAGCAGUUCACGACCAGCAUAGACGUGGUGCAGGUCAAAGAGGAGGUGAACACGAGCAACGAGGAUCCUUUCAGCAACGAGAACAGUAAUUCCAAUCGCGAGAUGGAACCUUUGGACGGUCUGCGGCCGAUCAACGUGAUAUCGUACGGCAACAUGCCGCCGGGGGAGUUCGACGAGGAGUCGAACCAUCGCGAGCUUCUCGAGCUGGAGGCUGCGUCGAAAAACAAGCAGUUCGUCAGCAUGAUGAACGAGAACUACUUCGGGGACAACAUCUACGCGGACUACUUCACGCCGGACCGCGUGGAGGCGUUCGACGCGGCCCGGGAGGCGCCGUCGUUCGCGAAAGAGAAUCCGAAGGAUAUGUACCUGUGGGGCGAGUCGUCGCACCACAAGGAGAGCGAGUUCGUGCUGCCGAACUUUAUACACGAGAGUUAUAAGAUAGCGGAGAGUAGCGCGGUGGAUUACGCUGAAAUGGGGAGCAGAGCGGUGCGGGUAGAUGUGGAGGUGGACGUGUGCGAGCGGGACAGCAAGGCGGACAUGUACACCGACGUACCGCCUUCGGAGCCCUACGAUUUGAUCGCGCGCGAGAGUUGGGUGUCGGACGGCUCCGAGAUAGAUACCAAUGAGAAGCGGGAAAAUUUGGAGGAAGAGAUCCAUUUCGCGCAAAAAGGGCGUAUUUUCACGUGCUCGAUAUGCGGCUCUAAGUUUCCCUCGUUGUACGAGAUGCGUGCGCACAAAUCGGCGGCGCAUGCGCCUUUGACGCCCCCCGAAACGGCGCGCACGUCAUACAGCAGGAUGCUGACCGCGAGGAUUAUCAAGAAAGAGGAAAAACCGGAUGAAGCCACUGGAGUUCCUGGCACUGCCGGAAUGCCGCUAGACUCGAAAGAGGUGCUCGCGAGCAGUAUGCUUCAGUACGACGCUCUAGGAGAGGCCAAGCCCAAGCUCGAGGCGCUCAUCAAGCAGGAGGCCAAGGCGCGCCGCAAGAGGGACUUCGUCUGCCCCACGUGCAAGGAGGACCAGCUAACCGAGGUGGCGUUCCAGGCGCACCUUAAGAUCCACCCGCUAGAGUGCCUGACGUGCGGCAAGUGCUUCUUCCGCCGCUCCAACCUUCAGCUGCACAUCAAGAUGCAUCUGGGCAUCAGGAACCAUAAGUGCGAGGUAUGCGAAAAGCGGUUCAUCACUCGACAGAAACUGAUUGAGCAUCAGAACGUGCACACCGGCCGCACACCAGUCAAGUGCACCAUCUGCGACGACACCUUCCGCCGCUACUCCAACAUGGUGCAGCACCGGGACCGCCACCACUUCCAAAAGAAGGCCAAAGUGCGCGACUUUGUUUGCCACUGCGGAGCCGUGUUCCACUCGCGCGCCAAGCUGCACUGGCACCAGGAGACGCACGACGGCAAGCCCAAGGCCUGCCUCUACUGCUCCGACAAGUUCGUGCACGCGGCUUCGCUCACGCGACACAUACGACGCACGCACAACAUCUUCUUCCUGUCCGACCGGAGCAAGGCGAAGGAGAACGUGCCGUGCCCUGUUUGCAAGCAGAUGUACCUCCGGUCUAACCUGCGCGCCCAUUUACUAACUCACAGCGGCAAGCGACCACAUCUAUGCGUGAUCUGCAACAAGUCCUUCAGCACGAAGUGGAACCUAAAGCUGCACAGGUGGACACACAUGUCAAGAUCUGCUAAACCAUUUAAGUGUAACCUGUGCAAGGGAGCUUUCAUCAGACAGGCGGAGUACAUAUCCCACAUGAACGCGCACAAGUCGUUCCGGCCCUACACGUGCAACUACUGCGGCUGCCAGUUCAUCCGCAAGUACAACUGCCAGCGACACGUCAGAGAACACGAGACCGCCAAAAAGUACGUGUGCAAAGUCCCCGAGUGCGGUAAGUCGUUCCACCGGAGCUACUACCUCUCCGAACAUAUGAAGGUCCACAGCGGAGCCAGACCCUUCGCCUGCAACAUCUGCGGAAAAACCUCCAGCAACAAAUCCAACCACAACAAACACCUUAAAAUCCACCACGCGCGGGAACCCGUCGCCACCGAGGCGUAGUCCCGACGCACGUAGUUAGAAACCAAUUUUAAUCUUAUAUUCACCCUUGUGAUCGUAACGUGUCAUUUUGUUUGUGAGCACACGGAAUUUGAAGUGCCUAUAAAGAUUAUAUUAUGAGGUCACAUUACGGACGGAUAGUUUACGACUCUUAGCGAAUUAAUUGUACGUUUAUUUUAAGUACCGAUAAAAGAUUAAUAUGUAAUUUAAGACAGAUGCGUAUCGGCAGAUUACAUGAUUGAAAUUGAUGAAUGCUGUAAAACUUAAUAUUGAUAAACGACUGAUCGAUUUAGAUUUACUUUAAUUGAUAUGGAUCUUAUCGUCUGUCUCAAAUUGAGGCAGUGUAAGUAACGGACUACUUAAGUAACCUUAGAACCUUAUUCCGUGUGCGCAAGGUUCGAUGUUGUUUGUAUUGUAUUCCUAUUAUUCUGGCGACUACCGCGUGGUUUGUGUUGUGCUUGCGUUCGACUGACUAGCUUUAAAGUCUCGGUGGAUUGUCGUUAGUACGCUAAAUCUCUAUAUUCGUUUUACCCGAGUGGAAUUUGUUGUGAUUUUUAUAUUGCGUUAUUCACAACCGAUCUUCCAUCGAACGAGUAGGGUAAUUGUCGACUGAUUUCUAAUUCAUCCUGUAGAUAUGUACAUAGAUAGGAUUACUUAAAGUAUGUUAGUGUCCUCAUAAUAAAAAUGCCAAAUCCAUAAUCAUUGUAACGGUGCUUGUUUUAAAGCUCUUUUUUGUACGAAUGUGGAUGGUGUUCUGGCGUACUGACGGCAAGCUCCAUCGGCGCUGGCGCAGCUCGACGACUCUUUUGCAUGGAGUAGGCGCUCGCGUACAAAAUAUGUUUAGGUACCUCGGUUGUGAGUAGACGAGUAGCGUUAGCUUCGGGCCGCGUGUUCGUUGCGCGGCACAUGAUGCCGAAGUGCCAUUAAAAUUGUUGUGACUACAGCUCGAU